UGUCCGCAUGUGCUUUUGUUUAGGUCUGCUAGUGGGGAAUUUUUGUAUUUCCAACUACAAUUUGGAUUUAGUCCACAUCAUCAAUACUUGAUGACGAUGUAGCAGUCAAUGUUGUAACAAGUUACCACACUAGGGAGUUGAUCUAUCGUAAAGGAUGCAGAAAAAUGAAUUUUGUGCAUCCAAAUUUUCGGAAAUUGAUAACAUGGAGAAGACGCCGAAUGCAUCGACUUGUAAUCCGAAAGGAUUAUCGAGAGGACAGCUUAGCAACAUCGAAGAUGGAUUAGAAUUAUCCGUCAGUGAUCAAGCAAAGGAAAGAAUAUCAACUAUUUUGGAAAAUAUUGAAAGCCUAUCAGACGUUGAGAAGCUGCUUCUGUACCUUAAACUACCCACAGGCUCGGUAUCUGAAGAUGCACAACGACAAACACCAACAUCAUUUUUGCAUGCUUCAAACCGCCUGGAGCAAGCACAGGCAUUCACAUGGAUUCGCAGUCAUUUGGAGGAGGAUAAUCAGAUUUGUGUACCAAAGCAUGAAAUUUAUGAUGAUUACAGAGCCUACUGUGAAAGUCAUGAACUGAAGCCAUUGUGUCCAGCUGAUUUUGGCAAGGUACUAAAAUGUAUCUUCCCCAAUGUCAAACCGCGGCGACUUGGUCAACGAGGACAGUCCAGAUACUGCUACAGCGGACUCAGGAAAAAAUUGGACAUUCAGCCUCCAUCUUUGCCAGAACUCGAGAUAAGUCCCAAAAAAUUAAAGACAGAGGAUCUGCAGGAAAGUGAAAUGUUCUCGGCAUCAUGUCAGUUGGUCUGUGAGUGGGCUGGCAAACUGCUGUCUCGAGGGUUCACCAAUCUACGGGAGUUGUCAGAGUAUCUGGUUGGAAACCUUUAUGUCAACAGCAAGUCAACUGCUGCCUUUACUGUUUUAGCAGCUAUGCAAGAAGCAGGACUUCAAAACUCACGUGUUCCUGUUUCUCCACUUUUCACUUGUUCAUCGGGGGGUGAUAAGCACAGAGAAACACAAUUGCAGCUGCAACGCAAGCUUCAGGAGCGAGAAUUACUGAAGGAACAGAAAAAGAAACUGCAGCAACAACGUACAGAGAUUGAACAAGAGCACAUCCGCAGCACCAGCAGAGGUCCAUCUGCUACACCCACAAAGUCGCCUCUGCCUCGCUCAUUCAGCAAAACUCCUACACCAAUAAAGUCUCCUGUUUUGCGACCCCCAUCGUCACUUUCGCUCAAAUCUCCAGGACCCCAGCUGGUCGCAUUCCGACAGACACCCACCCCAACCAACAUGCUGCCAAAUGCCUCCAAGUGUACGGCAAGGAACAUUACCAAACUUCUGCAGUCACCUGUCCUCUGUGGUAAGAAUGCUUCACAUUCCCAGGACAUCAAAACUAAUCCAGAAGCUGUUGAAGUGACAUCAGCUUCCCAACAAUCAGAUGAUGCAGCCAUUCUUGUUUCCAUGGCAUCAUCUGUUGCCCAGGCAGGAUCCAUUACAUCAGUGUCUUCAUCAUUCUUAUCAUCAUCGUCAUCAGCAUCAGCAGCAGCCAGUGCCAAAUCUACCCUAUCUGGAAUUAGUCAUAUGCAAGUUGAAGGUGGUUCUGGAGAAUCUUCUCUUCAAGAAAAGAGUUCUCAGCCUGCUGUUCUGGUCCCUUCAGUAAAUGGCAUGAACAUUCUUAGCGGUGGGAGACAGUUUAUCAUUUCUGGCAAUCAAGGAUUGCUUCUAGAUGAUUCCAUGAAGAAUGGUUUGCACUUAGUGCAGAAACCUGUGGUAGUCAGUGCUGGGAUUCCUAAUUCACCCAAUUUACCAUUGUCAUCUGCCCAGCAACUGCAGACAGUGCCUGUUGUCAGCGUUAGCAGCUCUGCACCCAGUUUGAACAGCAGAAAAUUACUCCCUUUCUCAGCAACCAGCAUGGAAAGUUUGCAAGUUGGACAGAGCAUCACUAUUCUAUCCAAAAGCAAAGAAAAUGUGUCUAGUGAAAACACUUGCAGUGAAAUGGAGUCCAUCACAGCUGCAGACGUGGAUAGGUGCCGUGUGGAUAAUGCAAACUUCAUUCCAGGGAACCUUUCAUCGCGCAGUGCUUUUGUGCCCGUCUCCAACCAGAAGCUAACUAUUACAUUAGCAACCCCUAGUAUAGGUCACACGCCGCAAACAUCAGAUAGCAGUGGUGAUGAGGCACCUUUGCCUAUGGACCAGUCUGACAUAGUGGGUCACAGUGGAGGGUUUGAGCCUCAUGCCCUUGACUCGAGGCCUGUGGAACGACCUUCUAAUGCCACCACUGUGUCUUUUUCAGAAGCCAGUCUUUCUGUUCAGCCUCACACCACUUUAUCAGCAUCUUCAUUGCAAUCAACACAGAAGAAAGUAAAGAAUCGUUUUACACCUAUUCGACCAAAAGCACCACAGACUGUGACCACUUUUCAGAAAGAUCAGAAAACACCAGAAAAGGACAGCCGCCCAGUUUCAGCCUUGCUGAAAGAGAAGCGGGCUCGAGAGGCCCAGGAAAUCUUGGCUCACAUUGCAUCUUCGGUGCAAGGCCAGGCUAAUUCUAGCAAGGGCUUUCCAGCUAGUCUAUCAUUGCCAGCAGAAGUUCUUGGGAUUUCUUCAGACAAAGCAUCUGGUCAGAAUGAUGUGGUGAUCUUUUUGACAUCGCCAUCAACAGGCAGUGCCAAUUUCUUAGCAAGUUCUCGGGACGUCCAUAUUUCUGGGGAGGAGAAAGCCAUCCAUGAGCAUGACAAGUCUGGAGUGGUUACAAUCAACAUGUCAGAUUUCCAGAUUGCCAACCCUAACUUUAUCCACAGUAAAGAUACUCAACAAACCACGCUAGGCCAGUGUCAUGCUACAGAGCAUGCAUUACACAUGGCAAGCCAGCAGGUGCAUGAUAUGCCUGCAAUCAGUAUUUUUCCAGCUGAACUUCAAGCAGUUUGUGGCAGCCAGGAAAUCCCAUCUGGAAAAAUUCGGGUGGAUAGUGGCUGUGUGGACGCUUCUGACUCUUCUGAGAUGGGAAAUACCACUGAUGAGGAAGUCACUUUGCACAUGGACAGUGGAAAUGCCACCAGCAUAGGGCUUGUGUCAGAUAACAGAGGUAGAGACACACCUUGCAGGAAGCGGAAGUCAAGUGGGCAGGAAAGCGCUAGUCAGACAAACAAACGCCUUAACUCUUCAAGUAAGAAGAAUGAUGCUGUGGAAGAUGAUGAUGUGUUCAUUGUCGAGCCCAGUGUCAGUAUUCAGCCUCAUCUUGGUGUUGGCAUUGUUUGUGAAGAAGAUGGUGGUAAACAGCUGUUAAACAGAAAUAUAGCAAGUAUACUCUCUAGGAGGGUAGGUUUGACAUCACCUAUUCGCUGCCUUCAGACUUCUCCAGUGGUGAUGCAAGUGCAAACAGAAGAGUCAGCACUGAUGUGCCGGAGUACUGGAAUAGGAACAGAUGAUGUAACAUAUUCCUCUGUUGCAUUGCUGGCUUCGUCUGAGUUUCCUGGACAAGUUGGGACUAAGCUUAGUGUUGAGAGUCUUGAAAGUGAUGCUCUCCUAGACAGUGGGCUGCUGCCCACUGGACGUGAGCUUGUUAGCAGUUCAACUUCUCAGCAGCCAGCAGUGCAUAUAGGACAGAAAGCAUCUGUGGGUAUAAGCACAAAGAAACUGAGGGCUGCUCAGCAGGAUCUCUUGCAGCAGAAACCACAACUUGAUGCACGGGUCAGUUCAUACUUUAGUAAGGGCUGUGGUAGCCAGUUAACAGCACAGACUAUAGGCCAGGUUUCCAACUUUCUUUUUUCCUCUGUGACUGAUUCCACUACCACCACCACCACAGCUGGACAGGAUGAACUGACAAGUGUAAGUCGAGCUGGUCCUGGUUUGCUGGAAACCAUGUUCAGGCAUUCAUCAGAUUUCUUAAGUCUUAAGAAUAUUUCUUCAAGCACUUCUAUUAAAAUACCUGACCAGAUAUCAUUGCCAGAAGUGCAGCAAACCAGGUCUGUACAGAGCAUUAGUAUGCAUGGUGACGCCUUUAAUGAGGAUUUUCAAGGAAAUAGUUCACAACUGUUUGAGGCAGGUUUGAUUGGAAAUCAAGAACAUGCAUCUGGAAAAAGGUGAAAGUGAUCAGUAGUGCUCAAGAAUGCAGAACAACU